GGAAGAGUAGCGCUCAGGGUCAGGUGGCGGAGGUCAGAGGGCCGAAUUGGCGGGAGAAUGUGUUUGUGAUCCACGAUCUGAAGCUGCGGUGAUUCUUCGAGGUUCAUUGUCCCGGGAAUAACAUGAGGAUUCUUUCUCUUCUGGAAGCUGACGGGACCAGAAUACAGACAAUACCAGAGUGGUGACCGACGAAAUCUCAGGAGAAAGCAUUUUUGCCUUGCACGUGGGACAGCUGCUGGGCGCACCAUGGCUCCUGUGAAGAUCAGCCAUGUGGUGUCCUUUUCCUCUCAGGAUCCCAGGUAUCCUGUGGAGAACUUGCUGAACCCAGACAGUCAGGGGGGCCCUUGGCUCAGCUGCCCUAAGGACAAGAGUGGGCAACUGAAAGUGGAACUACAGCUGGAGAGGGCGGUGCCCAUUGGCUACAUCGAUGUGGGUAACUGUGGCUGUGCUUUCCUACAAAUUGAUGUGGGCCGUUCUUCCUGGUCCCUGGACAGACCUUUUGUCACGCUGCUCCCUGCAACCAUGCUAAUGUCCCUAGCUGAUUCAAAGCAGGGAAAAAACCGCUCAGGGGUCCGCAUGUUUAAAGAUGAUGAUUUCCUGGCUCCAGCCUCAGGUGAGUCAUGGGAUCGACUUCGCCUGACCUGCUCCCAGCCCUUCACACGUCAUCAGUCCUUUGGCCUGGCCUUCCUGCACGUGUGUUCCUCGCUGGACUCCUUAGAUGCCCCUGUGGUGGGUGCCUCAGCCCCUGUGAGCUCUGGGCUGAGCCAGGGCUCUUCUGACGCCCCCGAGUCUGGUCCCAGCCCGUGGAUGGCUAAUCCUUCCAUCCGGAGGACAUUCUUUCCAGAUCCCCAAACGAGCACCAAGGAAAUUUCAGAGCUUAAGAAUAUCCUAAAGCAGCUGCAACCAGGCACUUUGGGGCGUUCGGGCCGCAUGGUGCUUUCAGCUGUCCGCAGGGCACCUCCAGCCAGUGUGGCAAGCCCAAACAACCCUGCAGAACGAGGUACCAGUCAUCCAGACAGCAAAGAGCCAAGACCAAAGGAGCAAAAUGCAGAGAAUGAUGUGGGCAGGCCGAAGAGACGGAAAGUGCAAGCCCGCAGGUCUUUAUCCAACUCGAACUCUCAGCCAGACAGGAGGGGAGUAGCAAAAGCAGGGCACAGAGAACAGCACCGACCCCAAGCCCGAAGCAGCGGUGUCCAGGAGAGUGGAGAGUGCCCCAUUUGUGCAGGUUCCUUCAAUAUUGAGAUUCUUCCCCAGCAUGCUGCCACUUGUGGAGAGACCUCCCCACCUCACCCAGCCUCUCCCUCCUCGUCAUCGUCGUCAUCACUGUCUGUACUGUGGGUGUCCUCGGAGAGCUCAUCACCUGUUUCAUGGGUCCAGUGCCCUAUCUGCCAAUUGCAGUUCUCAGCAGGAGAAGUAGAAGAACAUGCCAGCAUGUGUGGGGAGCUCCCUCAGGCUUGAGCCAUGGGGUCCUGUGGUUUUGGCCCUCUCUAGUCUUUGUGACUAAAACUGGAGAGUGGAUCUCUUGACAGCUGAGAAGAACUGAUGAGGCCAAGCGCUCAAUUUGCUUCCCUCCACUCGUUCCCCUAGGACUCUGCCUGAGGGCACCUCUGGGCCCAGCCUGCUCCCCACUGCCAGUUGUCAAGGCUUCUGUCACCAUGGCACCAUAUUCUCCCAAGGACAGCUUCAUUCUGUUCCCCUUUGGAACUUCUGGGGUAGAGUCGGUGAUCUCUCUAAAGCUUUGGGAUACAGUUCAGAAUGUCUUCCCCUCAGUGAAUGGUGUGCGUCCGUGUGCCCAUUUUCCUGAGAGGAAAACUGAGGCCCCAUGGGAAAAAACACUGCCUGAUAAAUAAGAUCCUGUGGUGUACUGGGAAGGUGCGAAGUGAUUUUUGACCAUGAGACUGACCUUCAGCAUCCCAUGAACUUAACUCUCCAUAUCCUUUGUGUGUCCCCUCCCUAGAUAUAAUCAGGUAACAGCGUUACUGUGUGACUUUAAGCAAGUUAUUUAUCUUAGGCCCAGAAUUAACCCCCAGUAACAGAGAGAAAACCCCUGUCCUGCUCACAGAGCUGUCAUAGGGAUCAGAUGGGUUAAUAACUAAGGAAUGGUUCUAGGCUUGGUUGUGAACCUUGGGCAAAUCCUGUCCCCAUCUGUUCAAUGAGGCAGUUGGGCCAGAGGGUCUCAAAAGUCCCUUCCAGCUAUGACGUGCUAAAUUCUCUUCCCACCUUCUUUGAGCAAUUAUGUCCUCUCUCCCCUUUCUCAGAGGAUUUCAUUGUGUGGCACUAACACCAGUUCCCCUGGUCUCCAGGAUACAGGGCUAAGGGUGAGCAGCUGGUCCUAGCAAGGGGAGGGCCCAGGACCGGGUUUUGAAUGGAUAGGAAAGAGGCAGCCAGCGACGGGAGCAGACAGUGUAGGAGUUCCAUCCUUUAGUCCCUGCCAGCAUAGGUGAGUGCAGCCAUGGACCCGUCACGGUAAGAGGCCUUCUGCUCCCCUCCCCCAUCCUGGUCCUGUUUCUGGUCUUGGUUAAAACAACACGUUGACCCAGACGGGUGGCAGGGACAUCCUAGCAGCAGUGCUGGUGGUGGACAUUACCACGUGGGUGGGAGAAGAGCCUUUGGAGCCCCGAACCUGGGCUCAGAAGAGAAGAGCAGUGAGGAUGGGCUGGGCCUGGAGGAAGAAAGGGACCAGCUGCACUGAUGGGGAGAAACAAC